AUGAAAGCCAGCAACGUGAAAUUCCCACUUCCGGACGGGUACUUCCCGCCGGUGAAGCUCACGCCGGCCGAGAUCGAAGUCUAUGAGCAACGCGUGGAGAUCAUCAUGAAAAACGCACUGGCCGAAUACAAUCUGCACGAGGCGAUGGGCGCUCGGCCAGACUACGGGUCUCGAUGGAGCGUCGUGGGCAACGUCGAGCACCUCACCGCUAUUCGUGAGGUCGAUCCGUCCAGGGCAGUCGAGGCCUCACGUAUUUUCGGUCGUGUGGACGGCGAUUACCGCAACUUCAUUGACUUCUUCUACUCGGUCUCAGCACAGGAGGUUUUUGCGGUGAACCAGUUCAUGUAUGGGUACGCCGUGGAUGCCGCGGUGCUGUGCAACAUCCACACGAAAGAAUCCAACAAGCCCCACCAAUACCUGGGCAUGAAAUGGCUUUGUCUACAGCCUUCGUCGCUCUCACGCAAGCGCGAUAUGUGCUUCCUUGAAUAUCUUGUCUACACGAAGGAUCUACAGGACCGAGACGUCGGUGUUCGCAUCACGCUGCCUCUGAUUCUGGACGAGUGUCCACCACUUGCGGAUAAGCUGAAAACCCGGCGUAUCCACUCGCACACGGUGACCAUCGUCCGCCCGACUAAUGACGGCGUCGACGCUACUCAGAUCUUCUCGACCAGCGAGGUUGACAUGUACAAGGGAUCCAACUCUUCAUCAGCUGCUACUUUCAAGAAACUCAUGACCACACUGAGCUCCAUGGCAUUGUUCGCGGAUUCCAAGCGCAUCUCGAUGCAAGGUAUGCUGGAUCGCAGCAGUUGGGCACCAAAGAAGGCGCGUGCCAACUGCUCCGUAUGCAACCGCAAGUUCUCACCCACGCGACGCCGCCAGCACUGCCGUCUCUGCGGUGAAGUGGCCUGUCGGCGUUGUAUGACAAUUCGUGAUGCCCCAAUGCUGGAUGAUAGCGCUUCUUCGCCUGCUCGUACGUUCCAAAUAAUGAAAACGAUGUUCUGCAAGGCCUGCAUGGGUAAGGUUCGGGACUCCGACGCCAAGAGCAUCGCGGCUGACAGUCAGGACGAAGGUGCGUCGGAUGCCGAAUCCAUGGGUUGGUUUGGAGAUAAGUCUCGUGGCCGAAGUUUUGAGAGCGAUGACAACACCGCUAUGCUUGACACGAACAUAUUGCACGGAAAAUUCUCAAGCAGCAUCGAUUCGGAGGCUCAAUCGGAGACGAAGACUAGCGUGUCAUCCUCACAAGAUGAUGAAAUCGAGGUCGAGGUAAUGGAACCUGUUGCUCCUAUGGUGAUUGAUCUGCGCCACCUCCGGACGAUGGCGGGAGCGGAGCGAGUUGUACAGGAGAUCGAGGAAGAGGAGAUUCGGGCGAUGCGGGAAUCACUUGCUGCUCUGGACUUCAAGGCCGUCCGACUCGUGGAUUCGCCGAGUGGCAAGCUUCCGCCGAUGGAGGAGGAUGAAGACGACAAAGACGACGAUGAGGCUGACGUUAUCGAGAUUAUUGACGAUGAAUCGACCGAGAUCAUCUCCACCACGAGGCAGAUCGUGUCGUCUCCGCUGGAUGAAUCUCCAAUGGACAGCGGUGCACUAGCAGAGCAGGUGUUAUUCAGCUCAGCACGGUCGAACGUGUCGAUCGACCAGCGUCUCCAGGAGCAGGAAGUCCUGUUGAAACGAUUGGUGAUGGCUGCCAACUCAUCGGCCGGCUACUACCCACCAAGCGCGCGUGGACAGCAGAAAACGUUCGAAUCAUGA